GACAAAGUGAGCAAAGAAAGGGAGGUGUUCCUGAUUUACCCCUGACUUUGAGAGAACAGGGCUGUCCUGCUUGAGCAGGACAAGGCGCAGCACUGGGGAGGAUGCGAGUGCUGGUAAGAGCAGCUCUGCUUCUGAGUCCUCUUCUUGUCUGCAACGCUUUUCUGGACCUGACUGGCCCCAGUGAGGUCAAAGGUGUAUGGAAGGGGUCUGCCACCUUGCCGUGUACCUAUGUGCCUGUGAAGGGCUUUGUGCAGCAAACCCUCAAGUGGACUGUGGUACAUGACCACAGCUCCAGCACAGUCUUUUGGAGGGAUGGCUCUGAUGACAACAUUCUCCUGUCCAAGUACAGGGGCAGGGUCAGCGUUCCGAGGGACACCCCAGGGAACGUGUCUCUCCACAUCCAGAACCUGCAGAUCUCUGACAGGGGAACCUACGCUUGCCGGGUCACCUGGAGAGCCAGCAACAACAGCCUGAUAGCAAAAGAGAUCACCACUGAAGUGGAGGUUGUUAAAGUUGCUGUGACCAAGCCCGUCAUCAGGGCGGGUGAGCUGGGGCUGGCAGUGCCGGCAGGAGCCAGGACCAGCCUGACCUGUGUGGCCGACGGGUCCCCCCCCAUCAGCUACCGCUGGUUCAGGAGCACCCCGGGAGGGAAAGCCCUGCUCCUGAGCAGCCAGGCUGAGCUGGCGUGGGACAGCCUGCAGCCCUCCGACGCCGGGAAGUACUACUGUGAGGCAGAGAACAGGGCUGGAGCCAGGGCAGUGCAGCAGAGCGACACCGUUGAGCUGACAGUGAGAGAUCUGCCCACCACAACAGUGGCCCCUCAGAGCGAUGUGGGAACCUCGGGAAGACAUCACUCCAGCACAGAAAAAAACCAAACAGAGCUGGUGUUUGGAGGUACCUCAGGAAUCCCUUGGACAUCACUGGGCUCCACUGUUGUCACAGAUCUGCCCGUAACAGUAGCAACUUCUUGGAAAGGUGUGGGAAAUUCAGAAAAGAAUUCUACAACUCAGAAUGUCCAGAGGACUCACCUGCCCCUGUACCUGGUCAUCCUGAUUGCUGUGGUCUGCAGUGCUGUUGUUUUCCUUGUCAUCUUUCUUAUCAUUUGCAUUAGAAAGCCCAAAGAUGCUCGGGUCUAUGAAGUAAAAUUCCAUAACUCGAGAGCAGCAGCUUCUUCAGGGUGUGAAAGUACAGGUCAUUAUGAGGAACCCAUCUCCUGCACUGAAAACAACUAUGUGAUGGAGCCUGUGAAAAACCAAGGAUCUGAAGAAAUAAAUACAAAAGAGAAUGAAUAUGUCUGUGUUGAAAAUACCCAGGAAUCUGAAUAUGAAGUAGGGGAUGCUGUAUGAGAACCAACAGUGCUCUACAAGUAGCAGUCCUGGAGUUUACCUUCAUCCAGGCAAAAUUUACCUUCCUAUUCACCUUUGCCUCUGAAAAAUAGGUUGGACAAGCAGGUUUUGCUCCUCCAUGAUUUGUGGAGCCUUAACAAUCUUUGCAGUGAAAAUGCAAACCUCUUUAGGAAGUUCAGUUACAGACCACUGUAUCAAACUUCUGAUUUUGCUUUUCUUUGUUCCCCUUCACCACCUCUGUAGAAGAACACCCUUUGAAAGCUAGGGUAUGCAGGUCCCAGGUCAAAAGCACUGUACUAAAGCUGUGGCUUUAUAUGACUAGAAGGGUCCAUGUUCACAGCCUUCAUGUGGUGGGAGCAGAACUGGCACCAGCACCAAGAGCUGCUGAGUGUCUCCAUCAUCGUUGGGUAAGAAGCACAGCACAAGGCUGGCCUGGGAGCUGGCGUUUUUCCUCCCAUCUGCCUCAAGUGCUGUGUAAGUGGUAGAAUGUCCUUUCAAAUGUGAAACAGCCCUUAGAGAAACACUGAAAGACAGAUUAAAGCCAGGAUCAAACCAAGAACCUGACCACACCAGCAGCAGCAGCACAAAAAAGACUGUCCCGUGCACCCACUGUGCUGCGCUGUCCAUGCCUGGCUGCAGCUCAUGUUAAGGUGUGGGCACACUGCGGUUCUGGUGCUGCAUGGCUUGGGUGACUGACUGCAACAUGGCACACUCCUUGAGUUCACCUUCUCUAUUCUCUUUUUAAUGCAUGUUUAAUAUUUGAAAGAAAUCAGAUACUUUCCCAUAAGUUUGUGGAUAGGAUUGUUUACACAUGCCUAAAUAAUUUUGAUAUAUAAGUAUUUUUGUACCAUUGGCUCAUCUUUAAAAUGCCAGCAAGCACUCACAAUUACAGCUCCUUAGUAGAUACUCAUGAAGGUACUUUCCUCCUGGCUUCAAAGGCCUGAAAAGUAAAUGGGGAGCUGAAAAGCUUUGUUAUUCAUAAUUUGUACUACACUGAGUAAAUCUAAAACAUGGAUACUUCAGAGUUAUGGAAGAACCUUUUUAUAAUGAAUGACAGGGCAAGGCCAUGUCCAAUUAAAAGCCAUGUGGACAGAUGUAAAACAAAACAAGGGGUGAGAGGGAAAUUGGUGACACAGCUACAGGAUCAGUGGGGCCCCAGACUUGCCCUUCACCCUCAGGAAAGAUGUGCAUCUGCAGUUCUUUGCAAGCAUCAGCUCAAAAUUCACCAGUGUUCAGAAGGAGUGCUGGGUGCUAUUUGGAAAGGCAAUGCAAUAGAAAGCAGGAUUGCAGCACUGUAAAAACCUGUGGAAUGCUUCUACCUGAUGUAUGCUUGUAGGACUCUCAUCUUGAAAGGGUUUGACAUAGCUAGAGAAGUUAAUGAGAAUGACAAUAAAGGAUGAUUAGUGACCUGAAACCACUUCAGUGCAAAUGCAUUAUAAUCUCUCAGCUUGGGGGGAAGGCGGGGAGAAGAAUGAGGCUAAAUAAGCAAAGCAUAGUCAUCAUGGCCAGCAUGGAGAAGAUGAAUAGGGUCUAUUUGUUUACAGUUUCUCCAAAGAGAAAAGGAAGCAGACAUUAGCUAAAGUUAACUGGUAGCACUUUUAAAGGGGGUGGAAAAGUACUUCUUUUAUGCAAUACAGAAAUAAGCAUGCUCUGAAAACCCAAAGUACACAGAGGUCCUAGAAGAAAUUAGAGGACUGAAAAGUACAACAGUUCAUCGCAAUUCACAGACUGCCUGGCACGCUUCACAGGUACUUAUCAGUGCCCUUGUACUUUCUCUCUGAAUUUCCUGUAUGACAAGUUUUAUUUCUCUUUAUUAAGAAUAUAUUUAAAAAUCACGGGCUGGGAGAACUUUGAUUUCCAAAAGGAAAGGGAACAAUGAGCAGCUUUUGUUGGUGAUGAUGUCUUGGUAAAAAUUGUCAAUAUGCACAUGCAGCUUAUUGCAAACAUGGAGAGGCAAAUGAAAAUCAUUAAACUUCAGGACUGCAAAGUUA